AUGCAUAAUGACCGCAACGACACUUANGGGGGCGUCGCCGCCGCUGCAGCGGCGGAGCCUGAGCCGCCGUCGCAGGCGGGGCGGAUGGUCUUCACGGACGCGGACGACGUGGCCAUCUUGACCUACGUGAAGGAACAUGCCCGCUCGGCCAGCUCCGUCACCGGUAACGCCUUGUGGAAAGCGAUGGAGAAGAGCUCGCUCACCCAGCACUCCUGGCAGUCCAUGAAGGACCGCUACCUGAAGCGCCUGCGGGGCCAGGAGCACAAGUACCUGCUGGGGGAGGCCCCCGUGAGCCCCUCCUCGCAGAAACUCAAGAGGAAGGCUGAGCAAGACCCGGAGGCUGCUGAUAGCGGGGGUGAGGUCUGCGGUCGCCGACGCGCGGGUGCUCAGCUGUCAUUGGUGUGUGCUGGGGGCGGGGGCGUCUCCCCCUUCCUCGGGGAGUCCUUCCGCUUCCUAGUUUCUCGGGUGGAUGAGAGUCCUGAUUUUGAAAUACACAUAACAAUGUGUGAUGAUGAUCCACCCACGCCUGAGGAAGACUCAGAAACACAGCCUGAUGAGGAAGAAGAAGAAGAAGAAGAAAAAGUUUCUGCACCAGAGGUGGGAGCUGCCAUUAAGAUCAUCCGGCAGUUGAUGGAAAAGUUUAACUUGGAUCUGUCAACAGUUACACAGGCCUUCCUAAAAAAUAGUGGUGAGCUGGAGGCUACUUCCUCCUUUUUAGAAUCUGGUCAGAGGGCUGAUGGGUAUCCCAUUUGGUCCCGACAGGAUGACUUAGAUUUGCAAAAAGAUGAUGAGGCUACUCGAGAUGCAUUGGUCAAAAAAUUUGGUGCUCAGAAUGUAGCUCGGAGGAUUGAAUUCCGAAAGAAAUAGUUGGCAAGAUGAUGGGAAAAAAGUUGGGCAGAUAAGAUGUUAACAAUUUUUUGUGUGACCAUUGGACUUCAGAAAUUUUUCAGUUGGAACCGACACUAAUCUUUUGACCAAUUUUGUUGCCCUUUGAGUCCUAGAUUUUGUACCCAAGCAGAGUUGUGUUCAGUUCAGUCACUCAGUCAUGUCUGACUCCUUGCAACCCCAUGGACUGCAGCACGCCAUGCAGAGUUGUGUAGGAGGAUGAAAUAAAAGAAAUGGGACAUAUUUUGAGCUGUUCCGGGCAGUAUCAGUGUGUUUAUGAAAGGAAAAUUGAGAACAGAGAGGUUGGUUUACAUUGUAGUGAUCGUUUUCUGGAGUGGAAUCCCUGCUAUAUUGGUGAUAGGAGCUAGUCAUGAAGUCAAAGAAGGCAAGUUAGAUGGGUCUUGUGAAGGCAUGAAUAAAGAGCCUCCUAUCUUUUGGCAGAAGCUCCUCUAGAUUGUGAGAGAUUCCAAAUCAAGAAUCUAGAAAUAUGGAAAAAUUUAAUUACAAGGCCUUGAACAUGGACUGUCCCAAACUCUUGUAACCCUCAGUGAGCUCUGAUUUCUGGGGGGCUUUGAAAACCCUGUGUUUCUUUUGCCAGCUUAGUAUUUGGGAACCCUGUUCCUUGGCUCUUCUUUCCUUCGAGUGUGUGUCAGUGAAGUCCUAUCGUCUAGUUUUGUUUCAGACACACUACAAGAUAGUCUCAAGAAAAGUCUUAACUUGUUUACUAGUAAUGUGUUUUUAUUUAUUGAGGAUAGUUUUGUGCUAAGAAUUGUGUUAGAUUUAAAAAUUAGAGGAUUAAUUCCUCUUUGUUGUGUUGAUUUCAUUGUUGAAAAUAAAUGGAACUUUGUAUUUGAA